GGGCGCCCUGUUACUGGCCAUCGGCCUCUGGGCCUGGGGUGAGAAGGGUGUCCUCUCCAACAUCUCAGCGCUGACAGAUCUGGGAGGCCUUGAUCCUGUGUGGCUGUUUGUGGUGGUUGGAGGCGUGAUGUCGGUGCUGGGCUUUGCUGGCUGCGUCGGGGCCCUCCGGGAGAACACCUUCCUGCUCAAGUUUUUUUCCGUGUUCCUCGGUCUCAUCUUCUUCCUGGAGCUGGCGACAGGGAUCCUGGCCUUUAUCUUCAAGGACUGGAUCCGGGACCAGCUCAACCUCUUCAUCAACAACAAUGUCAAGGCCUACCGGGACGACAUAGACCUCCAGAACCUCAUCGACUUUGCUCAGGAAUACUGGUCUUGCUGUGGAGCCCGAGGGCCCAAUGACUGGAACCUCAAUAUCUACUUCAACUGCACUGACUUGAACCCGAGCCGGGAGCGCUGUGGGGUGCCCUUCUCCUGCUGUGUCAGGGACCCUGCGGAAGAUGUCCUCAACACCCAGUGUGGCUAUGAUGUCCGGCUCAAACUGGAGCUGGAGCAGCAGGGCUUCAUCCACACCAAAGGCUGUGUGGGCCAAUUUGAGAAGUGGCUGCAGGACAACCUGGUUGUUGUGGCCGGGGUCUUUGUGGGCAUCGCCCUCCUCCAGAUCUUUGGCAUCUGCCUGGCCCAGAACCUCAUGAGUGACAUCAAGGCAGUGAAGGCCAACUGGUGAGGCCACUACGGGCCAUGGCCACACACCUGGCGUACCCAGGCCUCUGGUGGGGGACCUCCCAGGACCCUCCUGCUGUGCCCAUGAGAGGCAAGGCUGCAGGAGGUGUUUCUGCUUGGACAUGAGCCCCGUAUGGGGUUCUCAUGUACUGUCCGUCCACAGAGAAAGUCACUGUGGCUCUGCCUGGGCUGCUUGUCCUGGAGCUCUGUGUGCAUGGAGGGUGUGUGUACACGUGCACAGGGAAGCCACUGU